AUGACGAGUGAUCUAAUUGACAUAGCAGCACUCUCAGAGCAGAUAUACUACAGCGAAACAUACGCAGACAUAAAUAACAACCUGUACAGGCACGUUAUCCUUCCCAAGGAACUUGCACAGCUGCUUCCUAGGGACAGACUGUUGGAGGAGACAGAAUGGCGGGCCCUUGGCAUUACGCAGAGCAAGGGAUGGAGGCAUUAUAUGCGGCACAACCCAGAGCCACAUGUUUUACUAUUUAAAAAAUCUGCUAUACACUAA